AUGGCAAACAGUGAUUGGGUUAUGGCUUACCCCUCUGGCAGAAGCGAGUAUCUAAGAUUCGAAGGUUCGGAUCAUCGUCCCCUCGUAACUUCCUUUGAUCCUGUUAAAAAAUAUAGAAAGAACCUGUUUCGGUAUGAUAGAAGAUUCAAAGACAAUCCUGAGGUUAGUCAACUUAUCUUUCAAGCGUGGAACUCAGAUCCUACUGCUUCCAUCGAUCACCGGUUACACCUGUGUAGAGUGGCUAUUAUCAAGUGGAGUAAAGAGCAGUUAUUAAAUAGCAAACAAGAUAUCCUAGCUCUUAGUGAUCAACUUGAAGAAGCUAUGUGCAACAAUGAUGCGAGUCAAAGUACCAUAGACAAUUUAAACCAAAAACUUGCAUCAGCAUACAAACAGGAGGAAGAGUAUUGGAAACAACACAGCAGACAGCUCUGGCUUACCCUUGGAGAUAAGAACUCGGGUUACUUCCACGCUGCAACAAAAACCAGAAGAGCCAUAAACAAUAUCUCAGUGUUAGAAUCACCCUCAGGAAACAAAGUUUAUGAGGAAAAGGAAAUCGUUAAAACUAUCUCUGAUUACUUUCAGGAUAUAUUUACCUCUCAGGAGGGAGAAAGAAACAAGGUGGUUCAAGAAACCCUCUAA